AAGUACUCACUAAAUUUCGCCUGUUCGCUGGUGUUCAUGCAACAUGUCUGCUCAAGAGAGAUCUUUCGCUGGAAAAGUAGCUUUGAUAACAGGAGGGAGUUCAGGUAUUGGAAGAGGAGCAGUUCUUUUGUUAUCUAAACUUGGUUGCAGUGUUGUCUUUGGGGGAAGGAACAAAGAGGAACUUGACAAAGUGGCAGCCAAAUGCAAAGAAGAUAGAAAUGAUGCUGAGGUUCUUCCAGUACAAGGUGAUCUAGAGAAAGAUGAAGACAUAAAAGCACUUCUUGAAGCAACUAUUAAACAAUUUGGAAAACUAGAUAUUCUGGUCAACAAUGCUGGUAUAGUUCUCAAAGGAAGUAUUGAAACCACUUCACUGGAAGACUUUGACAAAGUGAUGAGGAUCAACAUGAGGGCUGUCUUUUAUCUGACAUCACUGGCUGUACCUUAUCUGACGGAAACACAAGGUUGUAUUGUGAAUGUCUCCAGUGUUAAUGGAAUGAGAUCAUUUCCUGGAGUUCUUGCAUACAACAUGUCUAAAAGUGCAGUUGAUCAACUCACAAGGUGCACAGCUUUGGAACUUGCGUCAAAGAAUGUUCGCUGUAACUCUGUCAAUCCUGGUGUGAUUAUCACUGAAAUACACAAACGAGGGGGUAUGGAUGACGAAGAAUACUCGAAGUUCUUAGAACAUUCUAAAUUGACACACGCCUUGGGUCGUCCUGGUCAUGUGGAGGAAGUAGCUAGUGUAAUUGCUUUCCUGGCGUCAAGUGAGUCGUCUUUCAUGACGGGAGCCUCACUACCUGUAGACGGAGGAAGACACGCUAUGUGCCCGAGGUGAAAAAAACAAAUCUACAAACUGAGCAUUGUUACCCGCCAAAUGAAAACAAGUCCAACUCAAUAUGAAGUGCGCAAGGAACAGAUCAGCUAGCAUUCUAUGUAGCAUCUCGACUCGUAUCAGAACAAUCGCUUGAAGACUGAUUUCAAUAGUAAAUGCCAAACGGUAGAAAGAGCCAUCAAAGGCUUGAUAGCACUUAGCUUAACGUUCGACUGCAGUGGACCUUUUUAUUUUCUUUCCUUUGAAGGUUACAUUCUACCGUUAUGAAUGAAUUAAUAGAAUGAUGUUUGAGAAGUGGAAUGAUGUGAUAAUGUAACUUCAUUUACGAGGGAUUGCGUGAUCUAGCAAAAAAAAUAUAUUCUUGGUGGCCAAAUAUCUGCAAAUAAAGUUUAUUUCAAUCAAA